UCUCAAUCCAUUUUCCUCCCCAUCAUUUCCCAAGGCCCAGCUCAGCAACAAAAGAAUUCAAUCCCUACAAUUUGCAAUAAUUUCUCCCCCUCUUUUUCGCGGACUACCGAGAUCUGCCCUAAUAUCCUUCCCUCCCCCCAAUCACCAGCGACUAUCAUUCGCCACCGGCGUAACUCUCCGAUUGGUGAUCUAAGUCAUUUUCAAAUGCAUGGAUAUCUCCCUUCCCUCCGAUGCAUCAUCCGUUACUGCCAUUUUUCAUCUGCAACCACCGCCAUAACCGCCGCCAUUGAUAACAAGCUCUCCGACGAUAUUACUUCUCAUCUCUCCUCCAUUCUCUCUUCUCCAAAUUGGCAAAAACAUCCUUCUCUGAAUCGCAUCCUUCCUUCCAUUUCUCCAUUUCAUGUUUCCACACUCUUCGACUCUCACUCUCUUUCUCCUCAAACUGCUUUAUCUUUCUUCUAUUUUCUUUCAAACCGACCAAAGUUUAAGCAUAAUGCACAAUCUCAUGCCUCUUUAUUGAUGAUGUUGAUUCGAGCGAGUAAUUUAGGAAAUGCGGAGAAAGUUAGGGUUUCAAUGAUCAGGUAUUGUGUUGAUGAUGAAAAUGAAGUUAGGUUUGUGUUGAAUACUUUAAUGAAGUUGAAUUCUCAUGAUUUGGAGAAUUUUCGAUUCAGGUUAAAUCUGAGGUGUUGUAAUUUUUUGCUUAUGGCGUUAUGUAGGUUUCUUUUGAUUGAUGAAAUGAUAACUUUGUAUAAUACGAUGUUAUCUGAUAGGAUUUUGCCAAAUAUUUUUACUUUUAAUACAAUUAUAAACGGUUACUGUAAAUUAGGGAAUGUAGCCAAAGCUGAAGAGUUUUUGAGUGAGAUUUUUGCUGCAAAGUUGAAUCCGGAUACAUUUACGUACUCUUCAUUCAUUCUAGGUCAUUGUAGGAAAACGGAUUUGGAUAGUGCAUACAGAGUUUUUACUGAGAUGCCGCAGAAGAAGUGCAAAAGGAAUGAGGUUUCAUAUAAUUAUAUCAUUCAUGGAUUUUGUGAGCAUGGUGAGGUUGAUAGGGGGUUACAUUUGUUUUUUAAGAUGUAUGAUGAUGGUUGUUAUCCUAAUGUUCGGACAUAUACUAUUCUUAUAUCCGCGUUGUGUGGUAGAGGUAGAGGGAGCGAGGCAUUGAAAUUGUUUGAUGAGAUGAGAAGGAAAGGAUGUGUGCCUAAUGCCCAUACUUACACAGUUUUCAUCGACUACAUGUGUAAAGAGCAUAAGCUCAAUGAGGCUAGGAGGUUGUUUGAUGAGAUGUUAAAGAAGAGGAUGAGUCAUAGUGUUGUUACAUAUAAUGCCCUUAUUGAUGGGUAUUGUAGUGAGGGGAAGGUUAAGGAGGCGUGUGAGAUUUUGAACCUAAUGGAGACGAAUGGUUAUUAUCCUAAUGUUCGAACUUAUAAUACAUUGAUUUGUGGGCUUUGUAGAAUUAAAAAGGUUCCGAUUGCUAUGACAUUACUUGAUAAGAUGGUUGAACGUAAACAUACUCCUAAUUUGAUUACUUAUAACUCAUUGAUUCAGGGGCAAUGUAAAGCUGGCCACAUUGAGAGUGCUUUUCAAUUGCUUGGUUUGAUGAAGGCAAGUGAGGUGCUACCUGAUGAAUGGACGUGUAAUAUUAUUAUCGAUUCUCUUUGUAAAAGAGGAAAGGUUCAGGAGGCCCAUGAACUUUUUGUCACUUUUAAGGAGAAUGGUGUGAAACCAAAUGAAGUAACUUUCUCUGUGUUGAUUGAUGGUUAUUGCAAAGCAGGGAACAUUGAUAGUGCCCUUGCCUUGUUUGAGAAAAUGAUAGAAGAUAAGUGUUUACCAAACACUUGGGUUUACAAUGCUCUAAUUGAUGGUUUGUGCAAAGUGAAAAAUUUGAAAGAGGCUUCACUGUUGGCUAAAAUGAUGCAGAAAAAUGUGAAGCCUGAUGUAUGUACCUAUUCGAUAAUUAUCAAUGGGUUAAUUAAAGGUGGAUUUAUUGAUCAUGCUUGUACAAUGCUAUCUCAAAUGCUCAAAGCAGGGUAUAGCCCUGAUUCUUAUACUUAUACUACAUUUAUUCACGCUCAUUGCUGCCAGGGAAACUUAGAGGAGGCAGAAAAGUGGAUGAAGAUUAUGAAUGAAGGAGGCGUUUUUCCGGAUGUUGUCACUUAUACUGCCCUUCUUGAUGGGUAUGGUCGCCUAGGGUCAAUAAGUCAAGCUUUUGGUGUUCUUAAGAGCAUGAUGGAUGCUGGCUGUAAACCUUCCGAGUUCACUUAUUCUAUUUUGAUCAAGCAUUUAUUACAAGAAAAAGGGUCUAUCAUGCAUGGUGAAGGAACUGGUAAUGAUUUACUCUUGAAUGCUAGCUCUCACGAUUUAGUUUAUUUUUGGAAAAUCGUAAACUUUGAAACAAUUGCAAAGCUCUUAGAUAACAUGACUAAACAUGGCUGUGCACCAUGUCUUAGUACAUUUAACACUCUUAUUGAUGGGUUAUGUAAGCAAGGACGAUUGGAGGUAGCUCAAUUGCUGAUUGAUUACAUGAGACAUGGAGGAAUUGAACCCAAUGAAGGCAUCCGUAACUCCAUCUUAAAAUGUAGCUGCAUGCUUGGAAUGUAUGAUGAAGCCUUCAAGCUGAUGAAUAACAUGGUUAAAUUGGGUGAAUUGCCUCACCUGGAAUCAUAUACAUUGCUUAUUUGUGGAAUGUGUGACAAGGGUGAUAGAGAUCAAGCAGAGGCAGUAUUUUGCAGUCUACUUCAUUGUGGAUAUAAUAAUGAUGAGAUAGUUUGGAAAAUUUUGAUUGAAGGCUUGCUAAAGAGAGGACUUGUUGAUUGUUGUUCUAUGCUAGUAAAAAUCAUGGAGAAAAAUGGUUGCCGCCCAAAACCACACACGUAUUCUCUUUUGAUUGAGGGUAUCUCAGGUGCAUCAGAGGGAAUUUGACCGCUGAAAUCUCUAAACUAGGUCUUCUCGGUAAUUUUUGCUCCAGAAGACUGAAAACAAAUUAUGUUUCCUGGAUGUCUUCAGUUGCAUAUGGUACUUAAGCUUGAGUGAAGAAUGGUUCCAUUUGACUUCAAACCAGAAUGUGAGGCUGCUACAGGCAGCGGCUGUUGAACGUGAAAAAAUUCAUCUAUCAUUUGAGAGUGUAUUGCAGAAACCUUUGUUAGCUGCCAGUUUCACUUUCACCAUUGAUGCCGUUACAUAUAUCAACAAUAGCUUUACAACGGAGCAUGGAAUCCUCCAAACAUUUUGGUUCUUGAGUCUUGGCAUCAUUUACCUUUGAACUGGGCAUCAAUUGUAGCAAAGAGCUGCAACAUAAUAUGAGGCAUUUCAUCGUGGUUGCUGCGCCAAUUGAGAUAUAGAAAUUGCAAAUUUUCUUGAUGUUUACUUUGUUACUCCAUACUUUUUAUUUCUCCUUGACUCACUGAGUCAUAAGCACUUUUAUCGAGGUGACUUUACACAUGAUGCUAUCACUAACAAGGUCAAGAUUGCGACAUUGCGUACACCCGACUCCCAAACCCCACAGCCCGUGGGAGCCUUUAAUGGCAUUAGGGGUAAUGGAAUGUUGAUUUUUAAAUGUUCCUCCCAUACCCUUCACGCCUUCGCGCUCUAAGCUGCUUCAGGGUGAAUUGUUUACAAAUAGUUGCAAUGUUUUUAGUAUUUUAUUUUCUCUUGACCCUUAGGCUUAUGACUUUUUGAGCUUUUCUAGCUCAGCUUAGUUUCUGGUUGAUGCUGCUAAUUUGGCAACUUUCUGCACCAAGAGUGCUGACUUCCGUUUAGCUUUACUACUAAAAGAAUUUGAAUUUUAUUAUUUCAAGACUUACAUCUCUGCAUGCACACAUUUAUUUUAAUAUCAGUUUUUUUUUUGAAGAGUAUUUUAAUAUCAGGUCAUUCCACCCAAGAUGUAUGCAGUAAUUAUUAUGAAUGUCACCAAUGGAUGAAAGGCCAUAUUUUCCAUUUCGAUGCAGGAUGAAAUUGAAGAAAUUAGCGGCUCAACUGAACAUAUGGAAUCCUUACUAACUGUGACAUUUACAACCACUACUAACGUUGGUGAUAACAAUGCAAAUUCUUCAAGUCAACUCAUGGUUGCAUUGCAAGAUAAUAAUGAUAACGCUGGAACAUCUUUAACUGAGCAUAUAGAACCCUUAUAAACUGUGACUUUUACAGCCAUUUCUAACCUUGGUAAUAACAAUGCAAACUUUUCAAGUCAACUCAUGGUUGCAUUGCAAGAUAAUAAUGAUAUGGCUGGAACUUCUUUAACUGAGUAUAUGGAACAUAUGCUAAGGCUUGUGGUUUUGACAUUAGAUCAGGGACUAAGAAAGUCUAUAAAGGUAUUUUUACAUCUAAAUACUAUUUGUGUAAUAAACAAGGGAUGAGGGAAUAGAAAUUAGGUGCAUUGAGAAGAAGGCUUGUAACUCGUGAAUAUUGUUAUGCUAAAAUUGUUUUUCAAAGGAUUAAAGAGGGUAAAUAUUGGGUUUUUAAGUUUAUUAAAGCCCAUAGCCACAUUCUUGCCUCACCUAUUUCUAGGCAACAUUUAAAAGGGUCAUCUAGUUUAAACACUGGACAAAAAAAUACAUUAUGAACAAUUUGAACUUGAAUAAAGGUCCAACAAGUUCAUAUAGGAUGUGGAAAGAACAAGUAGGAAGUUAUUUAAAAGUAGGUGCUUCACUUGAUAACUUUAAAAACUUUUAUAGGGAUUUAAAGUGUUUUAUUAAUGAAUCUGAUAGGCAAAUGUUUGUGGAAAUGUUUGUUAAGAAGAAAGAAAUUUCACCUAGUUUUGUUUUUGAUUUUGAGGUUGAUGAUACUAAAUCUCUAUCGAAGGCAAUUUGGGCAGAUGAUAUUAGUAGGAGAAACUAUUCAUUGUUUGGUGAUUCGAUAUCUAUGGAUGCUACUUAUGGUACUAACAAGUAUAAUCAAUUUUUGUUCCUUUCACGGGUGUUGACCAUCACAAAAAAUGUGUUACUUUUGCUGUCGGUCUUAUUAGUAGGGAAGAUGUAUCUUCUUAUACUUGGUUAUUUGAAUCUUUUUUGAGGGCAGUGGAUGGAAAACAACCAGAUUUCAUUAUAACAUACCAAGAUCCAGCCAUAAAAAUUGCUCUACCCAAUGUUUUUGACAAGUCUAUUCAUAAAUUCUGCUGUUGGCAUAUAAUGAAGAAACUAACUGAUAAAGUUUCUAUUGAGUUACGCAAUGAUGAUGAGUUUUUAAGAAGAAUUAAUAGACUUGUAUAUAAUAGGGAUAAUGAGCCCCAUGAAUUUGAAGAUCAGUUGUCAAAAAUGAUGUCGGAUUAUGAGCAUGCUAAUUUAAGAAAUAAUGACUGGUUGAAUAGUAUGUAUGAUAUUAGAGAAAUGUGGGUGCCUGCAUAUUUUAGAGAUCUUUAUAUGGGUGGUUUGCUUAGAACAGCAUCUAGGUCGGAAAGUGAGAACAAUUUUUUCAAUUACUUUGUGAACAAAUUUCUUACAUUAGUUGAACUCCAAAUGAGGUUUCAAAGUGCGAUGGAUGUUUAACGUUAUAUGAUGCAGACACUAGAUAGUAAAUGCAAGUUAUAUUCUGCACCUUUGAAGACUCGUAUCCCUCUUGAAAAGCAUGCUUCUAGUGUCUACACAGAUGUUGUUUUUAAGGAUGUUCAAGAACAAAUUCUUAGUGCACUCGAUGAGUGGUUUUGAAAAGAAUUUCGUUAGAGAUGGCAAGGAUGUAUAUUGUGUGGUACAUUUCAACACUGGGACUAUUUUUGAAGUUGUGUAUGAUGCACAAACAUUGUAUGUUGAUUGCUCUUGUAAGUUUUUCAAAAGAGUAGGAGCCUUAUGUAAGCAUGCAUUAUGGGUUUUGCAUGCAAAAGGCGUUAAGUAUAUACCAGAACCUUACAUAUUGAAAAGGUGGACAAGAGAUGCUAGCAAAACACCUGUCUAUGAUAUUGAUGGCACAUUAUUGGAUGGUAAUAAUGCUAUGGAAUCUAGAAAAGGGGUUAUAGGAGAUGUUUGGAAUGAGGUACAUCGAUACAUUAGUUUGGCAGAAGAUGAUGAGGAUGAUUUGGUUGAACUUUUGCAAAAAAUAAAGUUGUAUUCAGCUGAGCUUUUAGCAAAAAAGAAUCGUGGGGUUGAGAAGACAAAACGUUUAGAGUUAGAAAAGUUUUUGGGUUGUGAAGCUCCUAAAACAAUUACAAUUCAAAACCCCAAACAAUCUUCAAACAAAGGCAAGAGCAAAGAAAAAGAUCCAAAACAAAAGGAUACUGAAGAUGAAGAAGAGCAAAGGGUGACCAAGCAAAGACAAUGUAAAACUUGUGGCAAAGUUGCAGGUCACAAUAGUCAUACUUGUCCACAUAAGAAAAAAUAAGUGACUUGUUUAUGAAAUACAGUGGUAAAUGAUUGAAUCCCUGCUUCAGAAGAACAAUUAUAUUUGGAGUGUAAACUAAUUUCUGAUUGAUUCUCUAGAGAAAUAAUCUAAUCAUUAGUAUUAGUAGUAUGUAGAUUACUUUCUGUUUAUUUUAACAUUAGUAGGUUGUAUUUUAUGAAGAGGAUAAUUGCCUUUAGACUAAUCUCUGUUUAUUUUAACAUUGUAAUUGUUAGAAUUAGUUAUAUGUAGACUAAUUUAUUUUUAAUGUCAUUAUCAUUCAAUUUAUCACAAAUAUCAUCACAAUUUUUGUUGAAAGCAUCACGAUUUUAUGUGGAAAGCAUCACACGUUUAUAAAUGUUGCAUAGAAUAUAUGAAAUGGUAGUGUAUGAUGUAUGAAAGCAUCACGUUUAUAAAAAGAAUAUAAUAAGAAAAAACAGUUCAAUUUAAACUUCUUACAAAAAUUUAUAUGAAAUAGUAGUGUAUUAUGUAUUGUAUUUUGUGUUGAAUAAAUGUAACACAUAUUUGAUUUAGAAAGCAUUAAAGUUUUUUGUAAAAAGCAACACAAGUUGAAGUAGAAAGCAUCAUACA